AUGAGUGCUAUAUCCGAGAAAGGCUCUUUCAGCCGAUUCGGUGCCGACGAACACAAGGACGCGACCACUAGUAUCGUGGACGAGACUGUUGAAGUUCCAGGUUAUGAUGCUAGUCUUCAAUUUGACCCAAAAGAAGUUCGAAAGGCCUUGCUAAAGGUGGACUUUUUCAUUCUUCCUCCAAUCGUGCUUUGCUUUUGCUUUUUGCAAUUUGAUCGUACAAACAUUGGAAACGCCCUCACCGAUACCCUACGAAAAGACAUCAACGUCGGAAACACGCAAGUCAAUCUGGCCCAGACGCUAUUUACAGUCGGAUUCAUCAUCACAGAGUUACCUUUCAACAUGAUCAGCAAGUAUAUUGGACCUGAGCGCUUUCUUCCCAUUACAAUGUUCCUUUGGGGUAUUGUGACAUGGUCGCAAGUCUUCAUGAAGAAUGCAUCAGGCCUUUAUGCCACUCGAUUCUUCAUUGGAGCCCUCGAGGGCGGGUAUAUCCCUGGAUUCGCUUUGUAUAUUUCGAAAUACUACACGAACCAAGAACUUGCAUUUCGAUAUGCUAUUUUUUGGGCCGCGAAUAGUUUUGCCGGAGCAUUGGGUGGACCGUUAUCAAUUGGCCUACUCUCUCUUGGUGGACGAGGUGGACUCCAUGGAUGGCAAUGGCUUUUUCUCAUAGCAAGACCCAAGUCUAUGUUUGGUAGAUCAUUCUCAAUUUUUACUCAGCGCGAGGCAUCCAUCCUUGUCACACGGGUGAUAUGCAACGACCCGACGAAGGCAUUGCGGUAUGGAAAACCAGUCCUACCAUCGCACAUCUUAGACACUUUUGGCGAUUGGAGGCUAUAUGGCCAUCUUGUGGCCGCUUUGCUCUCUAUGGUUAUGAUCUCACCGAUGAAUACCUACGCACCCUCUAUUAUCAAAUCUCUGGGAUUUACUUCCCUACAAGCGAAUGGGCUUAACUCGGUAGGCAGCAUAUGUGCUUUGAUUUGGUCUGUAUCACUCGCUUUCAGCAGUGACAGAUUCCAAAAGCGUGGAUUUCAUAUUGCUGCAGGAUAUUUAUGGGGAGCAGUAGGACUUUUAUGGCUUGCAUUAGCGCCAGAGAAUGUUGGGAAAUGGGUGCUCUAUGGAGGCGUUGUUUGGACUCAAAUGGGAAUGGGCAGUGCACAAGCUAUCAGUGCAGCCUGGCUUACUACAAAAAUGGAAGAUUAUAAGCGCCCAGUUGCUUUGGCUGCGUAUGUCAUGUGUAUCCAGCUUGCAAAUUUCCCCGGAAAUCAAUUAUUUCGCACACAAGGUAUGAUCGAUUCGAUGAUGAUGGAUAUGAUCGGGAAACAUCUAACAAUGUCUGCAGAUGCGCCUCGUUAUAAGUAUGGAUUGAUAGUAGCUGCUUCUUGUGCAAUUGCAGCUACUGUGGUUAUUCUCUCCUGGAAGUUGUUGUACCGACUAUUUGACGGCGGGGAUUCUGGGGUGGAGGCAAAGAACAGGCAUUCUGAGUUUUUGGGGACAGAUGUGGAUGUAUAA